GCCCGUACUAGAGAAAGGAGGGGGCUGCUGUGCGCCAGUUGGAGGUGUCCGCCUGUCGCAGCGGCUCGGGGUUGACAUUAGAGGAGAGGAGCGCGUGUGUCAGUGCCUCAGUGUUGGAGAUCCUGAAUAAAAAUAAGAGAAAUAAUAAUAAUAAUAAUAAUAAUAAUAAUAAUAAUAAUCAGGCAACCGAUCCUCAGAUCACUGAAACUGGUUCCAGGCAGACAAACCCACCAGACCGAGGACACACGGAUGGACAGAGAAGCAUUGCAAUCGGAAUUAACUUGUCAGCCGCCGGUGCGAGGGAUCUCUGGAUAUAAUGGGGAAUACCACACCUAAACCUCUGAUAGGUGAGGCUCUGCCGUCCAUGUGUCAUUCGCGAGAUGCGACUCUGCAACCACGCCCUGUGGCCAACAGGCAGUACUACACCCUACCUAACAAUGGGGCAGGUGUGGAGAGAAGAACGUCCGCCCCGCCGGUCAGCGUCAACGUGGAGUCGCCCCACUUUCACCCCCACGCCAAAGGCAAGAACAUCAGGCUCGACGGGCAGCUUCGCCGCGCCACGCGCAAGAACAGCUUCUGCAACGGCAUCACGUUCAGCCACAGGCCCGUCCACCUCUACGAGAAGGUGCGUCUACGCCUGAGCGGUGUGCACACUGGCUGGAGUGGAGCUCUACGGUUCGGUUUCACCAGUUUGGACCCCAGUGAACUGCUCGCCGCCGACAUCCCCAAGUACGCCUGCCCGGACCUGGUGACACGGCCUGGCUACUGGGCCAAAGCCCUACCCGAGAGGCUGGCCCUGAAGGACAACGUGCUGUCAUUCUGGGCCGACCGCCAUGGAAGAGUUUUCUACAGCAUCAAUGACGGAGAGCCAAUCCUCUUCCACUGUGGGCUCAGCAUCGGCUGUCCACUCUGGGCCAUCAUAGAUAUCUACGGCAUCACUCAGGAGGUCACAAUGCUUGAAAGCACAUUUGCUGAGAGCGUGGGAUCCAGCUGCCUGAGUGCGGCCCGUCUGAGUGCCUAUCUGCCCCAGAGUAGCCACGACUCGGCCAAUUACAGCAACAAUCAGCUGGAGAACAACCAGGCCGCCGCUGCCAAGAUGGCCAACCUCCAGCUCAAUAACUACACGCAGCUCAUCCCCUGCUGCUCCUCCACCUCUUCCUCCUCCACUCCGUCCUCAUCUGCCUCCACUGGAUUCAGCGUCCCCAGGGUGGUCCGGGGCCUUCCUUCCCCACUGGACAAUGACUUGCACUUUCACCCGAUCCGUGGCUCCGAUGUAAUUCUCUCGGCAGACCGCUCAGCCGCCUGCAUCCACUUUCUGGACAGUAGUCGGACUCUGGUGUUCAGCGACCGGCCGCUGCACGUGGGUGAGACUUUGUACGUGGAGGUCGGCCACCUGGGCCUGCCCUACUUUGGGGCACUGCUGUUUGGUUUAACAUCCUGUGAUCCGGCAAGUCUACAAGCCGGGGACUUGCCGGCCGACCCGGAGGUUCUACUGGACCGGAAAGAGUAUUGGGUGGUCCACCGGGGCUUCCCCAUGCCUUGCUCCGGAGACGUGCUCAGCUUCAGUCUGCUGCCCAGCGGUGAGGUGCACCACGGGGUGAACGGAGUGGGACGUGGCCAGCUGCUCUGUGUGGACUCCUCUCAGGUCCUGUGGGCCUUUUUCACCCUGCAUGGAGCUGUCAACAGACUCAGGAUACUGGGAACGCUGCAGUCCAGUCCUCCCUCAACAUCCCCCAGCACUUCUCAGAGCAGCAGUCCAGAUGACAGUGACUCAGACCUGGCGUUCAGUGUCAACAGAUCCUCCUCUGCAUCUGAAUCGUCUCUGGUGACGGCUCCCAGCUCCCCCCUCAGUCCUCCCGUAUCUCCCACUCUCACCGCCUCGGAGCUGCCCCCUGCUGGAAAAAACGGAGAAUGCACCAUUUGCUUCGACCAGGAGGUGGACACCGUCAUCUACACCUGUGGACACAUGUGUCUGUGCAACGACUGCGGCCUCAAGCUGAAGAGACAGAUCAACGCGUGCUGUCCGAUAUGCAGGAGGCCCAUCAAAGAUGUAAUCAAAACAUAUCGGCCGUGAUGGCUCCAGAUGUUGAAACAGGUGCUGUGACUUCCACUGCUGGGUGCCACCUGCGUCCACCUUCUCAGGCUCGGCUGGACACGGAUCUUGACUGGAGAUUAGCCAAAACCGGACAUAAUUGUGCCUAUAUUUACAUUUUAUAUGGGUAAAUUGAGACGAGGCUCUUUAUACGCAGAACUGUGAUGAUCUUCAUACAAAGACUGCAUAGAGACUGCUUCUAUAUUUUGGCAGACAGACAGAGGAGAUGAAUCAUGUGCUCCCGUUUUUUUGUAUUUUCCAUGUGAUGUCUCUUAUGUCACAUGUAUUUGCCGAGCAGAAAAAAGCCCGUUGUGAAUCUUUCGUCUUUCCCCUCGUUGUCCUAGAUUUUAAGUGUGCUUCAGCAGAAUACGCGGACCGUAGUCUACGACUUCUAGUGCCUUAGAUUCGUCACAUUGUGUGUCCAAGUAAUUAUGCUAACAAUCCUAGCCAUAUUUUCACUGUACAGUACUGAAGGCUUGUGGUGAAAAAGGCACACACACACACACACACACAGGGUGUAAGUGGUAAGUGGAAAGAGUAGAUGUAAGUACGGUAAGUGUGUUUCGGUGACGUGCUUAAAGAAAAGUGUAUUUUUUUGUAUGUUUGGAAAGAAAGAGAUGGAGAUUCUGUUUUUGCACAUUGAGAGAUUAAUAAAAGUGGACUAAGUGUGAUUCAAA